UUGCCUCUUCGAGCUUCCUCCUCCUCCUCCUCCUCCUCCUCCUACAUCGUCUCUCGCACCUCGAACCCCUCCGACGGUUCCGAUGAGAAUGGACCCAAAAGAGCUACUAUAAGGCUCCUCCAAUUCUCCGUAACCCUAACGGUGAUCUCCGCCUCGCUUCCUCAACCCCGGGCGCUCGCCAAGGUGGCGGAGAAGAAGCGCCCGCCGAAGCGCGCGGCGGAGGCCCUCUCCGCCGAGGAGCUUCGGUCGUGGACCCGCGGCCUCCCCACCGUGGGCGACCGGAUCCCCUACACCGAGAUUUUGAGCCUUAGGGCGGAGGGGAAGCUCAAGCACAUCAUCAAGCUCCCCUCGGCGAGCUUGCGCCGACGGCCCGACCCGGUACUUGUUGUUUUGGACGAUUCUAGGGUUUUGAGAACGGUCCUCCCCACGGUCGAGAGAGAUGAGAGGUUUUGGGAGAGGUGGGAUCAAUUGCAGCUUAAUUCCCUUUGCAUCAAUGCUUAUACUCCCCCGGUUCAAAAACCGGAUGUUCCCGCGCCUUACUUGGGCUGGUUGGCGAGGAUUCCGAUGCAGUUAUUGUCGUUGAUGAAGCCUAAGCCGAAGUCGAAGCGGGUGCUGGAGCUCGAGAAGGCGAGGAAGGAGCUUGCGGAGAGGAGGCGAGCUGAGCUUGCUAGGGUAAGGCAGGAGAGGGAAGCCAUGGAGAAGGCUCUUAAAGCUCAGAAGAAGGCUGAUGACCGGAAGCGGAGGCUCGAAAUGAGGAAGGCUAAUUAUGAGCAGUCACUCCGGCAAGCGAGAAGGAACUACCAGCAGAUGGCCAACAUGUGGGCUGACAUGGCCAGGGACAAAAACGUCGCGACCGCCAUUGGGGUUUUGAUCUUCUACGUCUUUUACCGGACGGUCGUGCUUAAUUAUAGGAAGCAGCAGAAGGAUUAUGAAGAUAGACUGAAAAUUGAGAAGGCGGAGGCUGAGGAGAGGAAAAAGAUGAGGCAGUUGGAGAGGGAAAUGGCGGGGCUAGAAGGGACCGGGGAUGACGAGGACGAGGAGAAAGGAAGCGAGCAGAAUCCUUACCUUAAGAUGGCAAUGAAAUUCAUGCGGUCGGGUGCUCGGGUGCGGCGCGCGCACAGCAAGAGGCUGCCGCAGUACAUGGAGAGGGGCGUUGAUGUCAAGUUCAGUGAUGUUGCUGGUCUAGGGAAUAUAAGGCUUGAGCUUGAGGAGAUUGUUAAGUUUUUCACGUUAGGGGAGAUGUAUCGGCGGCGAGGAGUGAAGAUUCCUGGUGGCAUACUAUUAUGCGGGCCUCCUGGAGUGGGUAAAACGUUAUUAGCGAAAGCUGUUGCUGGCGAAGCAGGUGUAAACUUCUUCUCAAUUUCAGCUUCACAAUUUGUGGAAAUAUAUGUUGGUGUAGGUGCAUCUCGUGUUCGUGCACUUUAUCAGGAGGCAAAAGAGAACGCCCCUUCAGUUGUCUUCAUUGAUGAGUUAGAUGCUGUUGGAAGAGAACGUGGUCUAAUUAAAGGUUCUGGCGGACAGGAACGAGAUGCCACCCUUAAUCAGCUCCUUGUAUGCUUGGAUGGGUUUGAAGGAAGAGGAGAAGUCAUCACCAUCGCUGCAACCAAUAGGCCAGAUAUUCUUGAUCCAGCACUUGUGAGGCCUGGGCGAUUUGACAGGAAAAUAUAUAUUCCAAAGCCAAGCCUCAUAGGUCGAGUUGAGAUUCUCAAGGUCCAUGCUCGGAAAAAGCCAAUGGCUGAUGAUGUAGAUUAUAUGGCUGUUGCUAGUAUGACCGAAGGAAUGGUUGGUGCUGAAUUAGCAAAUAUAGUAGAGAUUGCUGCCAUAAAUAUGAUGCGAGAUGGCAGAUCUGAGAUAACAACUGAUGACUUGUUGCAAGCAGCACAAAUAGAAGAGAGGGGAAUGCUGGAUAAGAAGGAUAGGAGUUUGGAUAUGUGGAAACGACUAGCUCUUAACGAGGCAGCUAUGGCUGUUGUCGCUGUGAACUUUCCCGAUCUAAAGAAUAUUGAGUUUGUAACAAUUGCACCUCGAGCUGGCAGAGAAUUGGGAUAUGUGCGAGUGAAAAUGGAUCAUAUGAAGUUUACAGAAGGAAUGCUUAGUCGACAAUCUCUUCUUGAUCACAUUACUGUUCAAAUUGCUCCUCGUGCUGCUGAUGAAAUCUGGUAUGGUGAGAGUCAGUUGAGUACAAUUUGGGCAGAGACAGCGGAUAAUGCCAGGUCAGCUGCACGGAGCUUCAUCCUUGGUGGCCUAUCUGAGAAGUAUUAUGGUUUAUCUGAUUUCUGGGUUGCAGAUCAUAUUAAUGAAAUUGAUUUGGAGGCUCACCGAAUUCUAAAUAAAUGCUAUGAGCGAGCAAAAGAGAUUCUACAGCGAAACCGAAAGCUCAUGGAUUUUGUGGUUGAUCACUUGGUCGAGAAGAAAAGUCUAACCAAGAAAGAAUUCUUCCAGUUGGUCGGAGAACAUGGUCAUCUUGAGCUGAUGCCACAAAAUAUCGUCAAUAUUAGGAAUACCAAACGGAUGCAAUUUCAAGAACUAAUGAUGACUCAGAAGGGUUCAGCUCAAGAGAGCCGUACAUGACAUACCAAACAAGCAUUCUGUAGGUAGAUGGUUUCCAUGCAGCUAAGUUGGCAUUAUAUUCUUUGACAUUGCCAGUAGAAACUAAAGUCGCCCCGUAGAGGCUAGUCGGAAGGCUCUCAUUGAAUGGCUACUUGAAGAGGUGUUUUCGAGAUCACACUGGCGUACUCUGCACUUGGUUGCUAUUCGUGCACCAAAAAAAACUUAUCCCAAAACGCUGCUCUUUCCUUGGCGGGAGUGGCUGAUCGAUUGUGAAGUCGAGAAUUCGCAUUAAAGCUUUGCGCUAGUGUCAACUGUUGUACGACAAUUUUGUUGUUUUCAGAGAUUGUAAGGAGAUGGUGGGGAUUUUAUCCAUUAUGAGUAGAUUUUGGUGCUUUUUUUUUCCUGCUCUGUUCUUUACAGGUGUUUAAACAAACGUAAUUUUCUCUCUUCUGUGGAUUAAUUCUGGUGAGAGUUGAGUUGAUGGUACAAGUUGUGUCAAGUGACUGUAAAAGUUAAUAGUGUACUGUUAUUUGAUUAGUUAAUCAAUUAGUUAAUCAUCAAUAUUCCGUGAA